GAGAGAGAGAGAGAGAGAGAGAGAGAGAGAGAGAGAGGGUUUAAUACCACCCUCUCUUUAUUCAAACCCAUUUCUUCGUUUUCGUCGAUCGAAGAAAUCAGGGAGGAGAUUUCAGGCUUCGGAUCCGAUGCCGAUCCGGAAUCACGAGGUCAAGGAGGAACGAGGGAGGAAGCGGAAGCGGGGGAGCAGCGGCAGCGAGGGCACGCCCUCGCCGCCCCGACGGUGGCGGACCGACGCCGAGCGCCGGAUCUACUCGUCCAAGCUCCUUGAAGCGCUCCGGCGCCUCCGCCGAACGUCGCCGGCCUCGCCGCUGCGGACUCGGGCCGUCCGGGAGGCGGCGGACCGCGCGACGGCGGCCGCGGCGAGGGGCCGGACGCGGUGGAGCCGCGCGAUCCUCUCCGGCAGCCGCUCGCUCCGCCUCAAGUCCCGCCGGCGUCCAGGGGUCGCCGCUGCCUCCAGCCGGCCGAGAAAGGUUGCGGCGCUGGCGAUGCCGGAGAGGAGGAGAUCGUCGGCGCCGGAUAUCCGGCGGAGGGUGAGGGUUCUGGGGCGACUGGUACCGGGAUGCCGGAAGGCGUCGUUUCCGACGCUUCUAGAAGAGACUUCGGAUUAUAUCGCGGCUCUCCAGAUGCAAGUCCGAGCCAUGAGCGAGCUAGCCGAGAUGCUCUCCGGUUCCGGUCGAUCGGCUCGGCUCGUCGGCGACCACCCAAGCUGAUCGGCCGGCGUACGGAGCGCUCUCCCUAUUUCGUUUUAUUAUUUUUCAUAAUUAUCUUAGUUUAAUCUUUUUCCUUCCGUUGUAUUUUAUUGUAUAUUGCGUUUUUCUUUCUUUUUUUCUUUUCCCUCCUAACUUCUCACUUUGGUUUGAUUUCUCGCGGCCCGGGAGCGGCCUGAGUUAAGACAGACUCAGGACGAAUGUAAUUCGAUACCUUCGUGCAUAUAUAUAUUUUCCCGGAGACUAAAAAAAUUCAAUACGGCAGUCUUACUUGGAUCA